AUGGUUGUAGGAGAAUCGUCCCAUGUCAUUGACAAGUUAGCUUUAAGUAGUACGGUACCUAAAGCAAAGCCUAGUUGGGUUCCUCUCUCAAGCCUUUCCACAACUACCAUUCGAGAUGAUUUUAUGGCUCUACCACAUCUGUCAUUCCACCUAACUACAGCAGACACGCGAAAGCGAUCAACUGGUGAUGAUUCCGAAUCGUCGAUUGUGGAUACGAAAAGAAAGUGA